AUGCCUAUCAUGAACUCGUUCGUCAAUGAGAUCUUUGAACGUAUUGCCUCCGAGUCGAGCCGUCUUGCUCACUACAACAAGCGCUCGACCAUCACGAACAGAGAGAUCCAAAUUGCAGUUCGUCUUCUGUUGCCCGGUGAGUUGGCCAAGCAUGCCGUCUCCGAGGACACCAAGGCGGUGACCAAAUACACUGGCACAAAAUCCCAUAUUCCUAAUACUUACAAACGAAGAGUUAAUCUCAAACUUGAUGACCAAGAUCGGAACUUUUGUGGCAGAUUGUAG